GCUCCGGCGUUGGGGUCAGGGAAUUUGGAUAACAAGCGGCAUUCUGCGUUGGAUGGCGCCAACCGGUGUUCCUACGUGCCAGUGCUGGCGGUGGCUUUACUGCCCUAACUUGGAUCCGCCUCGGUGGUUCUGAAUCUUUGGAGCGAGGGCUUGUACUCAGAGGUCAAACCAAGAAUUAGGUUUUUUUAAGGAGGUUCAGGCAUUAUAGGCAUGCCUCAUACAUAGGAUUCACGUUUUUUGGGGCAAUUGAGACAACCUCAAGAGUUGUGGAGUGGGAAAUGGAUGGAGAAGACAGAGGAAGAGGUAAGAAUAUCCUUCCACGGCACUGGUAAGGUGAGAUACUGAAAUUAUUUUGCUUUAGAUAUGUAUUGAAUAGCCAGUGUUGAUGCCCCUUUGUCAAGUUUUUUCUUAAAUGAAUUGAUGCAAACUUAUUCAUAUGUUUCUCAGAGAAAUGCCUCAUAUGUUUUAACCUCCCUAGGAUGAGUAUCUACAUCAGUUGCUUGUACAUAUGCAAUUAGAGGUGUAAGUAAACUCCCUUUUUUACCCUUGUGGUUAUGUGAUUCAAUUAUAGCAUCAGAAGUAAAUCUUGUUUGUUUAAUCUUCCUUCUCUGUUGAUGCUAAUAUUUGUGGUAUGGUUUUUGUUUUAAUUAUAAUUGUUUAUAGACAAUGAUUGAGAAAUUACUUUUGAUGCUCCGUGAUCUUGAUUUUCACUCUCUACUACCCUUAAAUUGGCAAGUUAAGUUUGUUGUUUAAUAACUUAUGCGGAGCUUGCCUAUACAUGGGUGUGACUGAAAAAUGUGAUGUUUAUAGUUUUGGGGUUAUGGCAUUAGAAGUAUUGAUGGGAAUGCAUCCUGGAGAGAUAUUGAUUGUUAUCAUCACCAUCUUCUUUGCAAAAUGUGAUGUUAGUGACAUUAGAUAUGCGUUUGUCACCUCCAAGAAACAAAAAUCUUACCCAGAAUAUUGUGGCAGUUGCUAUUUCUUUGCUAAAAGUGGUAUACAGUGAAUUAGGGAUGGAAAAAGAAAAAGAAUUUCAAUAAAAAAAUUUUAGGUCAUCCAAAUGAGCUUCAUGGCUCUUGCUCAAACGAAAUCCUUGGCGUCUAAUUUUGAGAAUCAAAAGGCUACGUUGUUUUGAAAAGGGAUUGUCAGUAAGAGUACCCUUCAUACAUGUACUAACACCUCUCUUGUUCAAUUGGCCAAUUUUGUUGUCAUGUGUCUGCCCAACAACAUGCUUGUUGGUCCUAGACCUUUUCACUCUUUGUCCAUUAGCCAAUUUAAUUGCCUUUUCGAUCUAUCGUAGAAAAUAUUGGCUGGUCCGAUCCCUUUAUCUCUAGGUCAAUUAACCAUUUUGUUUGUC